AGUUCCUCUUUGUUAUCCACUCGGGCCGAUUAUAGCCUUGCACAGGUCGUGUAUUACAAUGCUUACAUGUUACAAUAACAUAUAAAUAGCAGGACUUUGAACUAUGAUAAUCUCUUUUUUCGUAACUAAGGACAACAUAGACUUGCAAUUUGUUCGAACAAUAUUUAAUUUCAUUUAUGAAAACUUGAGGUCGAAUAAGUAAGAGCUUGCUAGCUGAAACACAGUCCCCGCUGUCAUUCAUGGAGUUCAGCGAACGAUUGCAGACGUUGCGUUAAACUAGCGUCAUGUCACAAGAGGAGCUCCUGCUGGACUCGGGACAGCCUAAUGAGGAUAACAGGGACAGAAAGGGCAGGAGCCGCAUUGGGCUCGUCGUAACAGGUUUAGUGGGAGGGUCGCUGGUUGCCCUGUACGCAGUGGCUGCUCCGUUUGUAGCCCCUGCCCUGAGGAAAGUCUGCCUCCCGUUUGUCCCGGCCACCACGACUCAGGUGGAAAACGUCCUCAAGGCGUUAAGGGCAAGGUCGGGAACCCUGGUGGACAUAGGCAGCGGAGAUGGAAGGAUAGUGAUUGCAGCAGCCAAACAUGGUUUUCGUGCGUCAGGGUUUGAGCUGAACCCCUGGUUGGUGUGGUACUCUCGCUACAGGGCCUGGAGGGAGGGAGUCUACCGCUCCACCUCAUUUCACAUCUCAGACUUGUGGAAGGUCAGCUUUGCUCAAUACUCCAAUGUUGUCAUUUUUGGAGUCCCUCAGAUGAUGGAGAAGCUUGAGCUGAAAUUGGCAAGUGAGCUGCCUAGCACAGCCAAGGUGGUGACCUGUCGCUUCCCCUUCCCUACGUGGAUUCCUGAAAGUACUGCGGGGGAGGGCAUAGACACUGUAUGGGUGUAUGAUGCAAAGACAUUUAAAUCACACCUGUAACAUAAGAAAAUCAAGUCUAGAACACCAUUCUACUCUCAGAUUAUUUUAAAAACUUUUGUAAAAAUUUUGAUAAAACUAACUGUAACUGGAAAUAGUUACAUAUAUCUCUUAACAUUUAAAACUACAAAAACAGGAAAAAAGGAAACGGUCAGUGCUGUACAUUUGAA